CUGUUCAUCUUUCACACUUCUCCUACAGAGAGCCUUGGUUUUUCUUCACAUCACAUCCCAAAUCAAUCUCUUCAUCCCACUUUUUUCCCGUUUUCCAUCUUAUUUACUUUUUUUAACAUGAAAAGGAGUUAGACUUUUGAGCAAGUUGAUAUAUGCAGCAGGUUCAUUAGUAGAACGUUGUCUGUCGUCUAAUAACCAUUUCGUUUUCAGUUUUUAAUUAAUCCGCAACUAUUUCUUUCUCUUGGAUACUCCACGAUCUGAUCUUGACAAGGUUUUUUAGAGUUUAGAGAGAGAGAGAGAGAGAGAAAGAGAGAGGGAGAGAGAGAAUGGAGGAGGUUGAGGCAGCUAACAGAGCAGCAGUUGGGAGCUGCCACAGAGUUCUCAAUCUCUUGUGCAAACCAAAACCAUGGAAAAACCUGCAGGUGGAGACUGAGGUGGCAGUGUUAAAGUUCAAGAGAGUCCUCUCUCUCCUCAGCCAUGGAAGAGGAAGAGUGAGAAAGUUGAAGAAGAACCUAAACCCACCACCUUUCCCUCAAAAUAUCUUCUCAGAUGGCCCUAAUUAUUCAGAUAUUUCACCAAAACCCCUCCAGUUACUCCCUCCUAUUUUUCCUAAAACCCCCCACACACAAAAAAAAUUUCUAGGAAACCCAGUUCCGGAUGCUAAUCUCAAGCUUCCCCUCCAAAUUCCCAAAACAAUAACUAUGAAGCAGCACCAGGAAGAGAGAGAAAAGUUGCAGUUUCACCCCCAGCAGGUGAAAUAUCAGAGUGAAAUGGUGUUUUCUGGGAUAGACAGUGGCAUCAACCUUGCAUUUGAUAGGUCUAGCUCUAGCUUCAACCCCUCCAUGACAUCAGCCAGAUCGUUCAUGUCAUGUUUGAGCGUAGGCGACGGCGAUGAGGUCAACACCGGCAGAGAUUCUUUUCGGUUGAUCGAUGGCGUGCCUUGGGUUUCCGGUCAGAGUUCGCAGCAGCAAAGGAGGUGCACUGGUGUGGUGGAAAAUGGGAGUGUGAAUUGCGGCGGCAGUGGUAAAUGCCACUAUCCCAAGAAGAGGAAACUGAGGGUGAAAAGAACUUUUAAGGUCCCUGCCAUUAGUGACAAGACUUCAGACAUUCCUCCUGAUGAGUUUUCGUGGCGGAAAUACGGGCAGAAGCCGAUCAAGGGCUCCCCGUACCCAAGGGGAUACUACAAAUGUAGCAGCAUAAGAGGGUGUCCUGCGAGGAAACAUGUAGAGAGAUGCUUUGAAGACCCUGCUAUGCUCAUAGUCACCUACGAAGGCGAGCAUAAGCAUUCCCAAUCCGCCCGCUGAGGCAUUGGCCUGGAAUAACGCCAUAGACACCCCGUUGCAGGAAAGUUCUGGCUGUGAAGUGCAUCCUUGUACUUGUAGUAUUAACAUUGAGCUUCAAUCGGAACAAACUUAGGCUAACUAGUAUUUCAUGUAAAAUGUAAAUUGAGUUGAUGGAAAGCGUUAUUUUUAA